UCAUUCCCCCUCGAACCCCAUCCCAAUCCCCUCGUCCUCACGCUCCACGGCCCUGCAGUCGUCGCCGUUGUAUUCGUGCUCCACCCACGGUCCUGCUGUCGUCGCCCCUGUCCUCGCGCUCCACCCAAGAUCCAGCCACCGUCCUCGUACUCAGCCCGGCGUCCAGCCGCCGUCCUCGCGCUCCGCCUGAGAUCCAUCCGCCAUCCUCGAGCUCCGCCCGAGAUCCAGCCGCCCUCCUCGUGCUCAGGGAUCCACCCCCACCCCAUCCCCGUCCCUGCCACGAGCUCUCCAUCCGUGCUCCCCGUCCCCGUUGUUGCCAGUACAGAUGCAUCCACGAGCUCUCCAUCCCGCUGCGCCCCUCCCAAAAUCAGCCGUCCGUUGCUGCAGAUCUCCGCACAAGACUCGUCUUUUCCAAUAGGCAAGCAUCGAGGGACGAAGCCAGCAUGCAAUACAACAACUACUAUCAUAGUAGAAAAAUCAACACCCCCCCCCCCCCCCCCCCCCCUCUUAGAAUCGCCAUCGGCUCCUCCUGAGAUAUCCUUUUUGCACUACUGUGUGAUGCUUGCUUGUACAUUCUUGAACUUUAAACCAUAUGGCAUUGCUGAACUCUGAAAAUUAGGGUACUACAACAAGAAGGAACGAGAACAACCCAUGCGUGCAAGCUAGCAGCAACCAACCAAGCAAGGAGGUGGAUCGAUUAUUGGUCUAGGCCUAUGCACAUGCAAGCCAGAAGCAAGCAAGCUGGUGGAUCGAUGCGUCUUUUUUUCUCAUUAUAGAUCCACAAAAAUAUUUUGGUGAUUUGUUCAUGCAUACCAUCUGUUUGUUAAUUGUUUGUUAGAAAACACACAGAUCUACUUCGGCCCUGCGACAUGUUGCAUGCCUCACAGUUAGUCUCCACCACCAAGCUGACGUCAACUGCGUCAGGCUUUGCAAGAAGACCUACAACCUCGACCAGAUCGGAUUCACUCCCCAUGGCCUCAAGGACACUCAGUCAGAACAUAUGCUACGUUGCUCCAUCCCUACUCAUGUUCAUACCUUCUGAUCCUCAUUUUUCAGGUAGGACAAGAUAGAGAUUGUUCACGUGUGGAAAAAAUCUCAAAGAGGCCAGUAAUCAUCUUGAAACUCAACCUGAAGAGACAAACAAAUCAAUUUAUGGCCCUCUAUACAAUAUCUAAUUCCAUCAACAAGCUAAGUCCAUCCACACUUAUCACUCUGCAUUAUUUAAGCAUGGGCACAUGCACAUAUAAGUGAACUCCCACUAGAUGGUCACCGGAUGGCAAUAUCAGCGAUUCUCUGCUAUCUUCCCCAUUUUCCCGAGAAUUGGUAUUGAUUCCAUUGGAGGAGUAAGGGUACCAGGUGGCUAUUGUCGCCUACUGGCGUUCCGGCUUUCGCAUGUUGUUAUAUCCAACAGUGGUGUUACUCGUAUAGCUCCUAGCCUUGACACUAUAGACACUUCUACAUACAUACUGAAACGAUCAAGGAUGACAAGAAAGCAACUAAUGUACCAGGAUGUGCAGGAUAGGCCUCAAGCGAUUCCUGCCAGCAUACAUAGUCCGGCUUCGUAUACCUGUCAAUUGUCAUCUUUCUACCGACCAUAUGAGCAAGAUCUGCAGCAAAAUGUCAAUAGCGCCUUUCCCCGUGUUAUUAUCUAAAGAUCAAUGAUCCUAUGGUCAUCUGUUUCUUAUUUCAAGAAUGUCUACAAGGAAAAGAAACCACUAUCUUUGGUUUUAGAAAAGAAUGACACAAAGCAUGAAGGUUCGAAGCGAACUCUCUAAUCAUGGGGGCCAACAACAACAAGGGGCCAAGAGCUGGAGACGCAAAACAUUAUGUGAUGAAGAGAACGCUGAUAAAGCAUGAUGGUCGUAAGCAAUCUAUCCAAACUUGACAGCCAAGAAAAAAAUCAUCUAGAGUGCUGACAAACAACAAGCUAAUCCACCAACUUUUCCUCUAACCAUUUAGUUAGACAGUGUACUAUGCUCACCCAUUGUUCUUUUUGACAACAAUUAACAAAUGGUAUUUUUUGUUACUCAUGUGUUCUGGGUGAUUAUUAAGAUGGUCAAAAUUAUGCUUUGUCCA